CACCCGUUCAUUUCGACGUUUCGUCACCAGCGGAAGUGGCGUCACCGGAACACGGCAGACCGUCUCACGGUAUGAGGGAAAGGGCUAGUUGACAGUCAGAUUGUUAGGCGGUUGUAGGUUUGGUGGCGGAGUCAGUCACCGAAAUCCGAGUCCAUCCUUCCCGGAGUCGUGGGAGAUGUCACGCAGAACAGAAGGAGCAUAAUCUUCAUACUUCAAGCUUUCAAACGAGCUCCAUAUUGUGGCGUUCCGAUAUCAUAUGUGUUAAAAAAGGAAUGGUGAAAAUCGGAUGGUGACGGAAGGAAGAGUUUAUUUUGAAGCAGAGAAAAGCUUUCUGUGGAAAUUGAGAGUUUCGGCGAUUAAUUUAGCUGGUGGAUAAAAUUAACAAAUUCUAUUGUCAUUUCGAAAUUUAGAGGUAGGCAGCUAGCUAUUUUGCUAGCUAUCUAAUAUUUAGUCAUGGAUCUGAGAGUCGGAAACAGAUAUAGACUUGGAAGAAAAAUUGGAAGUGGAUCUUUUGGGGAUAUUUAUUUGGGUACUGACAUUUCUGUGGGGGAAGAGGUGGCCAUCAAGCUGGAAUGUGUGAAAACCAAACACCCUCAGCUUCACAUCGAGAGCAAGAUCUACAAGAUGAUGCAGGGGGGAGUGGGCAUUCCUACCAUCAAGUGGUGCGGAGCCGAGGGCGACUACAACGUGAUGGUCAUGGAGCUCCUCGGGCCCAGCCUGGAAGACCUCUUCAACUUCUGCUCCCGCAAGUUCAGUCUGAAGACCGUGCUGCUGCUGGCCGACCAGAUGAUCAGCCGCAUCGAGUACAUCCACUCCAAGAACUUCAUCCACCGGGACGUGAAGCCGGAUAACUUCCUCAUGGGCCUGGGGAAGAAGGGCAACCUGGUCUACAUCAUUGACUUCGGCCUGGCCAAGAAGUACCGCGACGCUCGCACCCACCAGCACAUCCCCUACCGCGAGAACAAGAACCUGACGGGCACGGCGCGCUACGCCUCCAUCAACACGCACCUGGGCAUCGAACAGUCCCGGCGUGACGACCUGGAGUCCCUGGGCUAUGUGCUGAUGUACUUUAACUUGGGCUCGCUGCCCUGGCAGGGCCUCAAGGCCGCCACCAAGAGGCAGAAGUACGAGCGCAUCAGCGAGAAGAAGAUGUCCACCCCCAUCGAGGUGCUCUGCAAGGGCUACCCCUCUGAGUUCUCCACAUACUUGAACUUCUGCCGCUCACUGCGUUUCGACGACAAGCCCGACUACUCCUACCUGAGGCAGCUCUUCAGAAACCUGUUUCAUCGCCAGGGCUUCUCCUACGACUACGUCUUCGACUGGAACAUGCUUAAGUUUGGUGCCAACCGCGCGGCUGAGGAUGCGGAGAGGGAGCGCAGGGACCGGGAGGAGCGGCUGCGUCUCGCCCGUAACCCCGUGGCACGGGGAAUGCCCUCUGCCAGGCCCAGGGGGGCGCAGGACGGCGCUCCCGGCGCACCACUCACGCCCACCUCCCACACCGCCAACACGUCUCCACGGGCCGUCUCUGGCGUGGAGCGUGAGAGGAAGGUAAGCAUGAGGCUGCACCGCGGUGCCCCUGUCAACGUGUCGUCCUCAGACCUGACCGGCCGGCAGGACGCCUCGCGAGUCUCCACGUCCCAGAUCCUGAGCUGCAUGACGCCCAGCGGCCUCCCGUCUGCCGUGCCGCGGUGAAGGCCCCGCCCCGCAGCACCCAGGGGGACGACCAACACGUGACUCACGCCCAGCAGUGCCGUACCAGUCGCCAAAACGCCUUUGAUGGCUACGGAACAUCGAUCCCUGGAAGAGAUCACUUUUUAUCCCCCUCCCUUUCUUUUUUUAAACUUGAGAUUAAGCAACCGCCAGAUUGUUAAAGCCUUUUUGUGGAGAUGGAAAUGUUGAUGUAUGUGACACCGGCACCACAACAGUUCCCAACCCCCUUCCUCAGCCAAAGUUGCCUUUGCCGUCUUGGCAGUCUGCGACCAGGCA